GGAUCCGUUUGGAAGGGAAAUCAGUCAUGUCCUGCGGAAUAAGGAGCAGUUUAAGUAUACCAUCUUUUUAACUCCGGGCUUAAAUUUACUUCCUCAACUUAAGAACUAACUAUAUUCAAGUAUGGACGUUAGUGUUUUGAUUCUCAUAUGCUGUUUUGCUAACAUCUUACAGAUAACUUAUGCAGAUAGCAGUGCGGAGGAUAAGGACGCCGCAUUACUUAGAAGAAUAAUGAGGAAAUGUAAACAUAAAAAUAAAGUGUGCGGUUCGGAUCUACAACCGUACACAGAAUGUGAAUUCAAACGGAUGCACAUCAACACUGAAUCUUCUGUAUUCUUACUACAUCGUAGAUCAUGUUUAGCCCUAAGAGAAAAGUGUAAAGAAAGUUUUGAAUACAAAGAAGUUUGUUGCUCAGACGGCAAAACGUAUUCCAUAUGCCAACUAGUACAGCAAAGACAUCCCACAAGAGUGACAAUUAAAUACAAGGGGCCAUGUGACGCUAGACAAGAUGGAGAUGGUCAAGAAGGUGAUGGUCAAGAUGGAGAUGGUGAAGAAGGCGGCCAAGAAGGAGAAGGUAAUGGGGUCACAUUACCACCUCCACAACCCACUACCAAUGCACCUCGUCACACAACAAGUAUGCUUAACCAAAAUGAUGCCACUUCAGACAUUCCUUAUACAGAUAUGCAGACGACAAUGAUGCAUACUGACCUUUUGGUCACAGUCGAUAAUUAUAAUCCGACAACUGUAACCGAGAGAGUAUGCGAUGAACGGUGCCCUCUAGAGUUCGUUCCUGUCUGCGGCACAGAUGGAACUACAUAUCCAAGUCUUUGUGUUCUAAAUGCUGUCGCGUGUGAAUCUCAACCCGACUUAGAUUUGGAUCACAAUGGAGAAUGUUUGUGAUUGCAGACGAUAAAAGCUAAAGCCCGGUCCAGACUACCAAAUUUCUUUUGACAAAAACAUGUGACAUGCCUAAAAAUGGUCAUGAUGACAUAUCAUAUAUAUAUGGGCAUACAACGGGGUUUUUUUCAAAUAAAAUUUGAUGAUCUGAAGAGUGCUUACAUGCGACUCCCGUCGCAUAUCUUCAAAUACUAAUGUCAACCUAACAUAUAAAGCAGUUGUUAUAGUUCUUCAGCAGUUUUCAUUAAGGCUCGGUUGGAGCAUGGUACAGCAUUCGUUAAUUAAGAGCUAGCUACGCCUAUUAAAUACCGGUAAUAUUUAAUCAGGGAACAGUGUUCCCUGAUUUAAUUAAUUAACUUCUUUCAGGCCCAUGUUAUUUAUCUAUAUUGUUUAUUUAUACUGUUUUUCUUGUGAUUGUUGUCUAUGGAAGGAAACUCAUUAGAAAUCAAAGUUGAAUUGAAUUGAUAAUUAAUUCUAUAAAUAAUAUGGUGAGCCGUACUAGUCUUAACAGUAAUCAAACAAUAAGAAAACGGUAGCACUUUAUAGACUAGUUGAAAUAUGUAUUGUUGCUCCUCUUAUCAUUCACCUGAAGAAGUGUACUGUAUACACGAAAGCUUGUGACAAUACAUAUUUCAACAAGUCUAUAAAGUGCUACCGUUUUCUUAUUGUUUAAUUAAUUCUAUAGUAAGAGAGGACAUACAAACACAUAUACACAGACCCUAAAUUAAAAUAUAUAUCAGCAAAAAAACCCCCAAAAACUGUCAUCUCAUUUUAAUGUCGAAUAUGAUAAUUGUUUAGGCCAUUUGACAUCUUUUGAAAUCAUCGUACCCAGUUUUAUUGUUUUUGCUGUUAUAUUUAUCGUUAUUUUAUUAUUAUUAUUAUUAUUACUAUAUUUAUUAUUAUUGUUAUUACCGUAUUUUGCCAUUGCUAUUGUUAUCAUUGUUAAU